CUUUGAGAUAAUUUUGCUAAUAAAGAGUGUUUAGUGAUUGACAAAAACCCCAACAAACCUGUAAUUUUUGUUAUUCAAUUUGCAAAGAUAAAAUCAUGGAGAGAUUUUAUUGGCCCCUAUGAUUGAAAGGAGCUGGAUACGUUGAUCCAUGUUUCAGAGGGGAGAAGGAAGCACUAGGUUGGCCAGUUCACCUCAAGCUAUUGAUGCACCUGGUGGCUUUCUAUUUCAAUGGUGGUUUAUCUUUUGGGGCAUAUUCAUUACUAGGACAAAUGAGAAGCACUCUGAAGCUGCUGCAUCUUAGAUUGAGAUCUGUUUGAAGACUAAUUACUCUAAAGCUACUACAUUCUUUGAAUGGUUGUUGGUUCAUUUCUUUUCAUGAACUCUCAAAUUUUCUAUGGACUUUCAUAUGCUUUGCAUCUAUAGGUGCUUGGCUGAUGAGAUUGCAAUCCUUUUACUUUAUUCAUUAGUGCAAGGAAACUGUUACUUUUUGGAAUAUGUUCUUGUGUGAAUUGAUAUGGAUACCUUGGUAAGCAAUAACUUCUACUAUCUGCU